AUGGGAAAAUACAGUGAGUAUUUCCUGGUGCACGAAAAUAUGCUGAUAUGCAACACCUGUAGUUGGGCGAUACCGAAACCGAAGGACUGUACGACAUCAUCGCUACGCCAUCAUUUGCGAAAGAAACACCCAGACCUCUACAGCUGUUUCAAAGAUCGCGAAGAUCAAACCAAGUAUGAGCGGGCAACGGCAGCCGAACGAGCUAUGGCUUUGGCGCAAGGUCUGAAACGAAUUUGGAAGUCGGAACCCGAAGCCGGUCCUGAGCCUUCGCAACCGAAACGACCAAACUGCAAGCCUGGCACUUCGUUCGCAUCAGUGUCGGAAGCGACUAUAUGGGAACCACCACAUCGUGAUCGCAUGGAUAAUAUCGAGAAGGCCAUUACCCAGUUGCUCUGUACUGCCGCUUUGCCCUCUUCUUUCGUCGAAAGUCUUGGAUUCCGCAACCUCAUCAGCGUGAUCUCUCCGCGAUUCCAUCUGAAGCCUCGAGUCCACUUCACUGAAAAUUCGUUGAGUGCACUGUAUGAUGAAUACGUGACAAAGAUAAAAACGAUGCUGAACUCAGCAUUGUUUGUGAGCUUUUCCACAGAUGUGAGGGUGUUGCCAAACGGGCAGGACUCGCUAGUCACAUUCACGAUUCACUUCAUUGAUGAAAGGAUGGUUCCUCGUUUUGCGACCGUGUCAUCAAAUCUGAUCCAUGGUUUGCCCACGCCCGACGAGACGAGAGCGCUUUUGGCAAAAGCUCUGAAUUCAUACGUAAUAAACCAGGAGAAAGUUCACAUUCUUGUCGAGCACUGGCCGGUACCUACUGCAGCCAUCUCGAACUACGUCAAGCAUAUGAGCGACUUUUCUCAGAAACUCCAAAAGGCCGUGGAUAAAGGAGUGCAAUUAGUUUUGAAUGAAAAUGACUCCCUCUUGGCACGAAUCAAGCAGAUCGCACCAACAUUGUGGAAAGGAGAAGCAGGGAAGAAUGUCAGGAGCUGUAGUCGUUUAUGUGGACCAUCUGAUGGAAUGUCGGUAGGCAAAUAG